AUGCCGCGCGUGCAGACCCUGCGCCCUGGUCCCGCGCGUGGGCUGCGCASCUCGCCGUCCCGCGCGCGGGCCCCUGUCCCGCGCGUGCUGCCUGUGUGCGCGUGUGACGCGGUGUCGCGGCGCGGGGUGCGCGUGUGCAGCGUCCCCGCGGUGCUCGCGUGGCCGGGGCUGCCCCUCGCCGCCGUUUGCCAGGAUCCCAGGACGGUCUGCCUCGCUGGCGGUGCCGUGACAGCCCCAGAAACGCUGCUCUUUGUAUCCACUCUYGAUGGAAACCUGCACGCUGUGAGCAAGAGCACGGGGGACGUCAAGUGGACCCUGAAGGACGAUCCUAUUCUGCAGGUGCCGGUUUAUGUGGCAGAACCAGCGUUUCUGCCGGACCCCAACGACGGCAGCCUCUAUAUCCUGGGAGGAAAGAACAAGGAGGGCCUGAUGAAGCUGCCGUUCACCAUCCCAGAGCUGGUCCAGUCCUCGCCGUGCCGCAGUUCGGACGGGGUCCUCUACACAGGAAAGAAGCUGGACACCUGGUUCAUCGUGGACCCCAAGUCAGGAGAGAAGCAGACCACUCUGUCCACGGAGGCCUGGGACGGCCUGUGCCCCUCAAGCCCCCUGCUCUACAUCGGCCGUACCCAGUACGUCAUCACCAUGUACGACACCAAGUCGCGGGAGCUGCGCUGGAAUGCCACCUACUCGGACUACUCGGCCCCGCUCUACGAGAAGUCCUACCAGUACAAAAUGGCCCACUUUGCCUCCAGCGGGGACGGCCUCGUGGUGACGCUGGACAAGGAAAGCGGGGAGGUGCUGUGGGCACAGAACUACGGCUCUCCCGUGGUGGGCAUCUACGUGUGGCACCAAGACAGCCUGCAGCGCAUCCCGCACCUCAACAUGGCCAUGGAGACUCUGCGCUACCUCACCUUCCACUCCCAGGACAUCCGCCUCGUCCAGUGGAACUACCACUCCAUGAAGGACUUUGCCGCCACCAAGACCCAGCUGCUGCCGACGCUCUAUGUGGGGAAGUAUGCAGCCAGCUUCUACGCCUUGACCUCCCUGGUGCACGGCAGCGUGGCUCUGGUGCCGCGGGGGAUCACGCUGGCCAGGAUCGACGGCCCGACCACAGAUGAUGUGACCAUGCGAGAGUCCGGCGAGUGCGAGAUCACGCCCAGCACCGAUGUCAAGUUACCCCAGGGCAGCAUCACUGCGCURCACAACCAGUGGCUCCUCAUAGGACACCACGAGCUGCCGCCUGUAGUCCAUACUACGAUGCUAAGAGCCUUUCCAGACAACCUGAGGAAGACAACGGAAACMAUAAUUCCCAGGAGUUCUCCUGCCAGGGCUGUGUUUGAUGAUUUCCUGAGCGCCAGCAGCGUGGAGGAGCCGGCUGUCCGRAGCAGCGAGCGGUCCCGGUCUGCCCAGAUGGAGCAAGUGGAGGUCUACCCAGAGCCCGGCAGCUGGGACGUGGUGGUGGCCGGAGUCAGCACAGCCCUGCUGGGCGGCGGAGUCCUCUUCCUCCUCCUCAGGAAACUGCAGAGGCAGCACGAGGCGCAGCAGCAGCAGCUGGAGCAGCAGAUCCAGCUCUUGCAGCAGCAACAGGAGAUGCUGUUCCCGGGUCGGGUCGCUGCAGAGGGUGUCCCCACAGACCCAGAGGAGCUGGGUGCGACACGGAGAAGUUCCUCACAGCUGUCCCGGAGCUCCGGGCCCUCCACCUGCCCGAAGGACCUGCCGAACGGGGUGGUCGCCCAGGACGCGGCMGUCCUGGCUGCUGUGGAAGAUGCAAGACCAGACAUGGUUACGAUUGGGAAAAUUUCUUUUAACCCCAAGGAUGUGCUGGGCCACGGAGCUGGAGGAACCUUCGUCUUCAGGGGCCGGUUUGAUGGCCGCAACGUGGCUGUGAAGCGGCUGCUGCCCGAGUGUUUCCACCUGGUGGAGCGCGAGGUGCGGCUGCUCCGGGAGUCGGACGAGCAUCCCCACGUCGUCCGGUACUUCUGCACCGAGAGGGACAAGCAGUUCCACUACAUCGCCAUUGAGCUCUGCGCUGCCACCUUGCAGGAGUACGUGGAGAGCCCCAGCUUCGAGCGCCGCAGCCUGGAGCCGCUGUGCGUCCUGCAGCAGACCAUGUCGGGCCUGGCGCACCUGCACUCGCUCAGCAUCGUCCACCGCGACCUCAAACCCUGCAACAUCCUCAUCUCCGUCCCGAACAGCCACGGGCAGAUCCGCGCCGUCAUCUCCGACUUCGGCCUCUGCAAGAAGCUUCACGGGGGACGACAAAGCUUCAGCCUGCGCUCUGGGAUCCCGGGCACCGAGGGCUGGAUCGCCCCCGAGCUGCUGCAGGAGGCCCCGAAGGAGAACCCGACCUGUGCUGUGGACAUCUUCUCGGCCGGCUGCGUCUUCUACUACGUGGUGUCAGGAGGAAAGCACCCGUUCGGGGACAGCUUGCGGCGRCAGGCCAACAUCCUGGCAGGCUCCUUCCAGCUGACCUGUCUGCAAGAAGAUGUGCAUGACAAGGUUGUAGCGAGGGAGCUGAUUGCAGCCAUGAUCAGCARCGAGCCCCAGGCGCGGCCCUCGGCGCCCGUGGUCCUCCUGCACCCCUUCUUCUGGAGCCAGGAGAAGCAGCUCCAGUUCUUCCAGGACGUCAGCGACCGCGUGGAGAAGGAGCCGCCCGAGGGGCCGCUGGUGUCGGCGCUGGAGGCGGGCGCGCGCGCCGUGGUGCGGCUCAACUGGCGCCUGCACAUCUCGCUGCCGCUGCAGACAGACCUGAGGCGGUUCCGCACCUACAAGGGCGGCUCGGUGCGCGACCUGCUGCGGGCCAUGAGGAACAAGAAGCACCACUACCACGAGCUGCCGGCGCCCGUGCGGGAGGCGCUGGGGCCGCUGCCCGACGGCUUCGUCCGCUACUUCACGUCGCGCUUCCCGCUGCUGCUGCUGCACACGCACGGUGCCAUGCGGCUCUGCGCCCACGAGCGCCUCUUCCGCCCCUACUACUGCCCCGAGCCGGGCGGCCCCGGCGCCUGA